AAUACAAAGGGAUCUAAUUCAAACUUCAAAAAGAUGAAUACACACGAUCAUGAGUAUGAAAAGAAAGGAGAGUCUAACAAUUUCAAGUAUGAAUGGAAGGAAAGGGAUUUACAUACCCCAACUAUAUAUACCACUGAGUAUAUACAGUCAUCGGGUCUUUACUGCCUUUCACAUGAUUAUAUUCCAAAUAUAUGUCGGGACUGACAUCUGAAAAUCUAGCGCAGCUCUCAACACGCAUUUCUCAGUUAGAAAUGCUUCAUGGAAUCAACAAAGGUUAUGGACACAUGGCUACUGAAGACCUGUUAGGUACCAUGUCUCCACUGGCUAUAGUUCCGUAUCUUGAGGACAAAUUUGCAAAACUGAUUGUGCAUGGGGGAGACGAAACUGCCCUAGUGAAUCCACCCCCAGAUAUCUGCUCAGUGAAUUAUGGUGAGCUUUGUGACAGAAACCUUCAACGUUUGGCAAUUAUAAUUGACGACCAGCAGGAGAAAGGCUUCCAGGAGAGAGGUUUUUUCGAACUGCAUGUCGCGUUUGGUAUAACUGCAGAAAGAUUGGACGAGGUGUUGUCUUAUAUGAAGGGUGCCUCUAACCCAGAACUGCUCUGUGCCAUACUAUGCAUCGGACGUGAAUUGGUCAAGGGCAAUUUUUAUAAAUUUAUUGAGACCCUCACAAAAUCUGGGUUCAAAAUAGAAGCAGAUUGCCUUAUCAAAAUAUGUGGUUAAAAGGGAACUAUUAUUUAUUUAAUAACUGUCUGAGCUUUAUAACCACAU